UAUUACAUUUAAAAAUUGCCUGAUUUAUUUAUGCAGACAAAAGAGAAAGGAGAAUUGGGAAGGAUGUCAAUGUGUACAUGGUCUAACUAUGUGACGUGAUCAUCUGACUAAUUAUUAUUACUACUAUUAUUGUUGUUAACAUGUUGAUUAUUAUCUAGUUUGGCUUCCAAUUGUUAGAUCAAGUAUCAAGAUGAACCCAAUUUCCUUGUGGAAUCUUUACUAGCAAGAGUGAGUAAAUGAUCUAGUGGAAAUGACAAUGGGAAAAACUUUAGGUACAUAGGAGUAGAAAAUAUGAUAAAGUAAAUAAAGAAGCUGUAUUAGAACUAUAUAGUUGUGUCUCUGUGCUCUGCUAUUGAUCAAAUUGUUUCUGAGAGCACCUUUCUGAAUCUGGUUUACAGAUGGGAAAAAUCAUUUACGUGUGCACCCCAUGUUCCUUCACUCAAAUGCCACCUCACAUAAGUGGGCAUUUGGUGCUAUAGCAGAGUUGCUUGACAAUGCUGUUGAUGAGAUUCAAAACGGGGCUCCUUUCGUUGUUAUAGACAAGACUACAAAUCCACGGGAUGGAAAUCCAGCCUUGCUCAUUCAAGACGACGGUGGUGGAAUAGAUCCGGAAACUAUAAGGCGUUGUAUGAGCUUUGGAUUUUCAGAUAAGAAAAUGAAAUUUGCCAUUGGGCAAUAUGGAAAUGGGUUCAAGACAAGUUCUAUGAGACUUGGAGCAGAUGUUAUUGUGUUUACCUGUCACUUGAGAGAGAGGACACUGACUCAAAGCGUUGGACUCCUCUCUUACACAUUUUUAAGACAAACAGGUCAUGACAGAAUAGUAGUACCACUGGUGGAUUAUGGAUUCAAUGAAUCAACUACAAAAUUGGAACCCAUACUUUCUUAUGGACAAGAACAUUUUUCAUCUAAUCUGUCUGUGCUACUGCAGUGGUCUCCAUAUCUGACAGAAGAAAUAAUGCUGAAGCAGUUUGAUGAUAUAGGGAAUCAUGGAACAAAGAUUGUUAUAUACAAUCUUUGGUUAAAUGACAAUGGGGAUAUGGAACUAGAUUUUGAUUUGGAUGCGGAGGAUAUUCGUGUUAUUGCAGACCCAAAGCUGCUUCAGACUGGUUGCCGUCCAAAUCAAGUUUCUGACCAGCAUAUUGCUAACCUUUACCAUUAUUCACUCCGUGUAUAUUCUUCCAUUUUGUACCUACGGGCACCUCAAAGCUUCAAAAUAGUUCUGCGGGGACGAGUUGUCGAACAUCAUAAUAUUGCCAAUGAUCUAAAAUUUCCUGAGUUUAUAUUGUAUAAGUCUCAUGGCGGGAACAUGGAGCCGUUUCCUGUAUGGUUUUAUGGUAUAAUCGUUGCGUCUGUAUAG